AUGUGGGAGGUAGUUCAGUCGCGACACCUCCAGGGGCUUAUCGGGUCUAUUGUGAACACAGUACUUGGCGGUGAUGAUACUACCGCGACAACCAAUCCGUCCCCUACAGCUACGUCCGCGCCAACAACCAGAGCACCGACUCAAGCGCCGACUCAAGCACCGACUCCAACUACAAGAACGCCGACUCCAACUACAAGAACGCCGACACCAACAACGAGAACUCCGGCCCCUACGACUAAGACACCCACAACCAAAACUCCACAGCCUACGACUGCUACGACUUCUCCUUCAUCGGCGCCGACACCUACGAGCACCCCGGAAUCCACACCUGAACCUAGUAGCUCUACCAGUGCAUCGAUAGAAACGGAAACUCCAGAGACUCCUGUACCAACUAUUGACACAAUCUCUGCCUCAUUCUCAGCAUCAGUGGACAAUGACGUCACAUCGAAUUCCAGCUCGAGUAGUGUCGACGGUAGUUUUGGACACUGGAGCAGCGGGGAUUCGCAGAAUGAAGGAGGAUUGGCCUCCAGCCAAGACGCAGAUGCAUAUACGAACUCAUCAGUUGAUACGUGGAUGUUUGUCGCUAUCACUCUAGCCGCUGUGUCGAUGGUAUUGCUCUGCAUCGGAUUCGUUGUCUUCCAACGUAGGAAAAGGAGAGAAGAAGACAAUGCAUCACUUCAACGUCACUUUAUUAUCAGUGAUUCCAAGCCCUUGGGUGCAGACGACACUGUUAAUACUCGCCUCGAUACUUCUUCAACUGGUCCGUACACGGGUGGCCAACAUCAAGAGAAUGGCGGAUAUUCCACAUCGUUCCUUACAGCAGCACAAGGUGGCAUGUGGGAAGACGAUAUCAUUACUGCAAUGCGUAUUCCAAUGGAGAAGCUCACGAGAGGGAAACUGCUUAAUAAAGGAGGCUACGGAAUGGUCUAUCGAGGCUCGUAUCGCGGGGAAGCUGUGGCUAUCAAGACCCUGUUGCCCGAACAGAGGAAAACACUGGCUCAAAUCAAUGGCUUCUUGUCGGAGAUCAAGAUCAUGGCAGCAUUGGAACAUCCGCGUGUCGUCCGGUUACUCGGUGUAGCUUGGGACUCUCUUGCGGACCUCUGCUCCGUUGCAGAAUACAUGGAAGGUGGAGAUCUACGAACGCUGCUCAACUACUUCGAGUAUCACGAGUGUCGUCCGCACGGCUUCGACUUCGAGAAGGCGCGUAUCGCCUUACACAUCGCGCACUCGUUAACGUAUCUCCACUCACUGGACCCGCUGGUGCUUCAUCGUGAUCUCAAGUCCAAGAACAUAUUGUUAACGGAGGAUCUGGAGGCCAAGAUCACGGACUUUGGCGUCUCUCGAGAAAGCAGCGACCGGACUAUGACUGCAGGCGUUGGAACUUCUCUAUGGAUGGCGCCUGAGGUGAUGAUGGGGGAGCGAUACGGCUCCAGUGCAGACAUUUUCUCGUUUGGUGUCGUUCUGUCUGAGCUGGAUUCACAUGUGUUGCCGUAUGCAGCGGCCAAGGAGACUGACUCGGGUCGAGUGAUCCCGGACACGGCUUUACUGCAGUUGGUAUCGCUCGGUCUGCUUCGGAUCGAGUUUUCUGCACAUGCACCGCAAGCCCUGAUUGAUUUAGCACACUCGUGUGUAGAUCUUGAUGCAGAGGCAAGACCCAGUGCCGGCGAAGUGUUGUACCAACUGCAGCUCAUUAUGAACAUGUACGAGGAUGCCACGCUAUAA